AAACCUAGGGGGCAGGAGGGGGGGUCCCUUCUGAUCCUCCCUCCUGACGCUCCCCCCCCAAGGCCCCCUCCCCCACCACUGAAAGCCAUGAAUUUUGAAUUUGAGAGGGAGAUUGGGUUUAUAAACAGCCAGCCAUCGCUCGCGGAGUGUCUGACUUCCUUCCCCGCUGUCUUGGAGACAUUUCAAACUUCAUCAAUCAAGGACUCGACAUUAAUUCCUCCUCCUCCUUUCGAGCAAACCUGCCCCAGCCUCCAGCCCGGCGCCUCCACCCUUCAGAGACCCGGGAGCCAAAAGCGAACCGAAGAUGGGCCUGCUCCGCCGCCGCCGCUCCCCGCCGCCCCCCUGGCCCCCGAAUUCCCCUGGAUGAAAGAGAAGAAAUCCGCCAAGAAACCCAGCCUGCCUGCCACAUCUUCCCCAGCCGCCUCCACUGUCCCGGCCGCCGGGGUGGCAGCGCCCGCAGAUGGCCCGGGCCUGGCAGAGGCCGGUGGGGCGCGCAGGCUGCGCACCGCGUACACCAACACGCAGCUGCUGGAACUGGAGAAGGAGUUCCACUUUAAUAAGUACCUGUGCCGGCCGCGCCGCGUGGAGAUUGCGGCCUUGCUGGACCUCACUGAGAGGCAAGUCAAAGUCUGGUUCCAGAACCGGCGCAUGAAGCACAAGCGGCAAACGCAGCACCGAGAACCGCUCGACGGGGAGUCAGCGUGUGCCGGAGCCCUGGAGGACGCCGGCGACCCGGCCGAAGAGCCCGCGGUCAGCCCUGGCGGCCCCUCCGCCUCGCAGGAGACGCAGGAAACCCGCUGUUUCCCGCCCGAGGUCACGUCGGGGCCCCGACCGUGGGCCGCUGGUUUGGAGGGUGCGGGUGCGCUGCGCGGGGCCAGCGCGCUGGAGCCCGAGCCCACGCCAGACGACACCUUCCCGGAAGGGCAGGAUUCGCCGUUCCCACCCGACCUCAACUUUUUCGCGGCAGACUCCUGUCUCCAGGUGUCCGGAAGUCUCUCCCCCGGCCUGCAGGGCUCGCUGGACAGCCCGAUCCCUUUUUCCGAAGAAGACUUGGAUUUCUUCACCAGCACGUUGUGCGCCAUCGACCUGCAGUUCCCCUGACCCGCGCCCUCCGCUGGGCCUUUGCGACCUCCGCCCUUAGCUACACGCUGGAAAAAAAAAAAUCCUUUCCCACCCCCGCAGUCGCAUAGACAUGCGUUUUGCUAAAAUUCAGGUAUUAUUAUUGAAUUAGUGUUUUGAUCCACUCCCUGCCAUCUUUCUCUAAAAUAUCCCCGUUGGGCAUUCGGGCGUCCUUUUAAAACCACACACAAUUUCAUUUGCUACACUCUUUUCCGACGAAAUCUCAGGAAUAAUUAAAGUAUAGGUGGGGCUUUCGUAAAAAUAAAGGGACUUAUUUUCCUUUU